AUGUCGACUCGUUGGGACGAUUACGACGAAAAUCACAGAAUUUGUCUUUUCCCGAUUCCUCGGUUUCGCUUAGUUGAAAAUAAACGUGAUGUAGGAGUUUAUGUUUCUGGCGUCUUGUUUGCAUUAGGCUGGUGGUUUUUUAUUGAUGCAGUAGUCUAUGCUUCGACAAUAGAUCAUCCUGAAGUCACUUUAACAUUUGUUGAUUGGAUGAAUGGAAUUUUUAGUACUCUGGGAUUAAUUUUCGUAAAUUCUGUUGAUAAGUCACGUCUCCUUGAUGAUGAUUUUGGAUAUUCGAGCAAUGUAUCCGCGUGUAGACGGUUCCUGUUGUUUAUAGGGCUUGCAUUGAUGGGGAGUGGAUUAGCUGGCUCUGUGACUGUAUUAAUUCUUAAAUAUAUAAUGCCCGAAAUCGAAAUGCCGGUUUUAUAUUUCGGUAUCGCAGAAGUUGCACAGAAUACUGCAAUUAUGCUAAGUUCGGUUGCCCUUUGGAUUGCACCAACUAAUAAUGAAUAUCAGUAUAAUUACGUCUUAUAA